CGAGCUGGAGCAGUGCAUUAUUGUGAUUUGCAGCUGCAAUCGAUAAGUAUUUUCUUUCUACGCUUUAUUGCUUGGUGGGCAAUCAUUCGAGGUGGUUGCAUUUCAUAUUUUUGAAUUGCUGAGAUAGUUCUGAUCAAUUAGGUAAGUUGAUGACAAUGAAGACGUUCGGUGCUAUUGGUGUCUUGUUGGUCCUGUUGGCUGUGCAGGCAAGCGGGGAUAACGUAACAAGUCCAGGACUCCCCAUUGUUAUGUGGCACGGAAUGGGCGAUACCUGUUGCUUCCCGUUCAGUUUGGGCGGCUUCAAAAUGUUCCUGGAGGCCGAGCUUGGCGUUUACGUCAAGUCGCUGGAAAUCGGCAACUCAAUCGUAACCGACUACAAGAGCGGCUAUCUAAUUCACCCAAAUAGGCAGGUGGAAGACGUCUGCAAUCAGCUCAACGGCGACCCCCAGUUGGCCAACGGGUACAACGCAAUAGGAUUCUCCCAAGGCGGACAGUUUCUACGCGCCAUUGCUCAGCGUUGCCCAACGCCACGCAUGAACAAUCUGAUCACUCUCGGCGGCCAGCAUCAGGGCGUAUUUGGACUGCCCGACUGUCCCUCGAUCAGCAGCAAAACAUGCGAGUACUUCCGGCAGCUGCUGAAUUAUGCCGCGUACGCAAGCUGGGUGCAGAAUUACCUAGUCCAGGCCACCUACUGGCACGAUCCCUUGAACGAGCGAGCGUACAAAGAGUCCAGCACGUUCUUGGCGGACAUCAACAACGAGCGGACGGUCAACGAAACGUACAUCGAAAAUCUGCAGCAGCUGAACAAGUUUGUGAUGGUCAAGUUUACCAAGGAUAAAAUUGUUCAACCGAUCGAGUCCCAGUGGUUCGGGUAUUACAAACCCGGACAAGAUCGGGAAACCCAAAAGUUGGAAGAGUCGGAGCUGUUUCUGAAGAACCGCCUCGGACUGCAAGAGAUGCAGCAGCGAAACAAACUUGUGUUCCUGGAAUGUCCUGGCAACCAUCUGCAGUUCACAAAGGACUGGUUCAAGCAGAACAUCUACCCAUUCUUGUAAACCAAAGAUAGUGGUGCAUUCGAGAUUUCAGCUGGUGAUAAUAAUUUAUUUUAAGUGCGAAUUUUAAACAUAGUAAAUAAGAAGGAAGAGAUUUCAUAUUGGAAGUGUAUUUUCAAAUAAACUGGUAUCAAACGAAACCAAA